GAGGAGGAGGAGGAGAGGUCUCCACAUCUCCAGACGGUCCGACCGACACACCGAAUCCGACUUUACGCACGGGAGAGGCCGGCCCUGGUGGCGCGUACUCGUCUGCUAGAGCUUGAAAGUUGCACUGACAGUCCCACUUUGAUGGGCGACGCGCUAAAACAGACUCUUGGGAGAGCUGAAGGGAAACUUACCUCCGUCUCUUACUCCGGACAGUGUGCGGGCUCCUCGUUUAAUACACGAGACUAAAUCAGCGCGCAGCUGUAGGCUAUCGAAGGAAGCGCGCGCCUGCGUUCGGCUUUAUAAUUGCGGUUUUGUCUUCUUUCUUUCUUUUUUUUUCUUUUUUUCUUUUUUAGGCACAAAAGCAAAUAUGACCACCUGAAUUAGUGAAGUUGGACCUGAGCAGACAGACGCCGGCUCGUGCCACCCGGUCGUUUGAAUCAGGCGUCGUGUUCAGAGCGAUAAUUGGAAGACAGGCAGACAGACAGUGAGAAACAGACAGUGAACUGAGGGUCGGGGUGCACUUGGUUUGAGGCGUGCGUGGGAACGCGUGGCCCUCGCGUCCAGGUGUCCCGCCGGGCGGUGCGGAGUCUCCAGCUCGGGCCGGCAGCGCUGACAUGCUGCCCAAAGUCGAGACUGAAUCCCUGGGACUCGCUCGAUCGUAUGGAGAACAGGGGCGCAUGCCAAGGAAUAUGCAAGCACCCCAGAUAAAAAUGAUGGACUACUCUUAUGACGAAGACCUGGACGAGAUGUGUCCCGUUUGCGGAGACAAAGUUUCUGGAUAUCACUACGGACUCCUGACCUGCGAGAGCUGCAAGGGCUUCUUCAAGCGCACCGUCCAGAACAACAAGCGCUACACAUGUAUAGAGAACCAGAGCUGCCAGAUUGACAAGACCCAGAGGAAGCGCUGCCCGUACUGCCGCUUCCAAAAGUGCCUCACCGUUGGCAUGAAGCUAGAAGCUGUGCGGGCGGACCGCAUGCGUGGCGGUCGAAACAAGUUCGGCCCAAUGUACAAACGUGACCGCGCUCUCAAGCAGCAAAAGAAGGCAUUGAUCCGGGCUAACGGCCUGAAGAUCGAGGCCAUGACUCAGGUGAUGCAGGCCGUGCCCACCGACCUCACCAUCUCCUCGGCCAUCCAGAACAUCCACUCUGCUGCCUCCAAGGGCCUUCCACUGAGCCACCACACUGGCCACCACACUGGCCACCACCACCACCACCACCACCAUCAUCACGCCACUGCCCUGCCCCCCACAGACUACGACCGCAGCCCAUUUGUCACCUCGCCAGUCAGCAUGGCAAUGCCGCCGCAUGCCGGCAGCCUACAGGGCUACCAGGCAGCCUACGGACACUUCCAGGGCACACGCACCAUCAAGUCAGAGUACCCAGACCCGUACACCAGCUCGCCAGAGUCCAUCAUGGGCUACGCCUACGUAGAUGCCUACCAGUCAGGCUCUCCGCCCAGCUUCCCCCACCUGAUCGUAGAGCUGUUAAAGUGUGAGCCGGAUGAGCCGCAGGUUCAGGCCAAGAUCCUGGCGUACCUGCAGCAGGAGCAGGCCAGCCGUGGCAAGCACGAGAAGCUCAACACCUUCGGCCUCAUGUGCAAGAUGGCCGACCAGACGCUCUUCUCCAUCGUGGAGUGGGCACGCAGCAGCAUCUUCUUCCGUGAACUCAAGGUGGACGACCAGAUGAAGCUGCUGCAGAACUGCUGGAGUGAACUCCUCAUCCUCGACCACGUUUUCCGGCAGGUGGUGCACGCCAAGGAGGGCUCCAUCCUGUUGGUCACCGGGCAGCAGGUGGACUAUGCAGUGAUUGCUUCACAAGCGGGAGCCACCCUCAACAACCUGUUGAGCCACGCCCAGGAGCUGGUGGCCAAAUUGCGCUCCCUGCAGCUGGACCAACGGGAGUUUGUCUGCCUCAAGUUCCUGGUCCUCUUCAGCCUUGAUGUGAAGAACCUGGAGAACUUCCACCUCGUCGAGAGUGUCCAGGAGCAGGUCAACGCGGCGCUGCUGGACUACGUCAUGUGCAACUACCCGCAGCAAACGGACAAGUUCGGCCAGCUGCUCCUCCGGCUGCCAGAGAUCCGAGCCAUCAGCCUGCAGGCCGAAGAAUACCUGUACUACAAACACCUGAACGGCGACGUGCCCUGCAACAACCUGCUCAUCGAAAUGCUCCACGCCAAGAGGGCUUAGGGGAGGCCUGCGCAGACCCAUGAUGCGGCAGUGUGGCCACCCUGAGAGUUUUUGCUGCAGCACAAAAACUCCUAAAACUAAUGAACCUCCGGCUCAGACUUGACGGGCCGAUGACCUGAAGGAACUGAAAAGACCUCUUGUUUGUACUGAACUCAUGGCGAUAUUCAAGUAACACACAUGCACCGAGUAUGAUGAUGUGCAGGAAAAAGAACAGCAUAUGGAUUCCUUUGGUCUAAGAAACAAAAAAAGGGUGAAAACAGUGUCGGACAGAAGAGCCGCUUCUCAACCCCCACCGAAAGAGACGAUACGAAAAGGUGAAAAGGAACACUUGGAACAAACACUGCGUUUGCAUUCACACCGAGAGAUGGCAUCUGACCGUGUGCACGGGCACAGGCUAUCAAGACUGACAAGGCUGCAACUUAAAGGUUUGACAACCCGUGAGCGGUUCAGCACUGGUGACACAGCGAGAGGUUUUGUGCGGAGAAAGGACGCAGCACCACACCGUCUUCGUGUCCUCCCGCGUGCUCUCUGUGGUACUGUAAAGACAAACUGGACUCUUACCCACCAUCAUGCUUGUCGUUGUUUUCUUUUUCUUUUUUUGGCCACGGCAGCUUGACCUUACUGAAAGGGGAGAACUGAUGGUCAAGAAAAGAAGAAAAAAAAGGUCUCAAACCUGAACAUUUAAUGAACAAAAUGCUAACUAGGCCAAUAAAACGAAAAAAUACUGUAACGGAAGUCGUUUGUUAGUCAUGGUCACCUUGAUGUUCCCCCUUUCUUAUUCCACCUGCCCAAGUCAACUUAAACUAUGUACCUCAGACAGACCAGUGUUAAAUAAAUUCAGCUAAUAACUGAAGCAGUUGUAUUUAUAGCCCAUUUUUCCUGCGAAACCAGCCCCCACCCUCCCUUUUCAUUAUUUCAUUAAAACUGGAACAAAACAAAGUGAGAUUCUGGAGACGGAGAAGGAAUCGACCCAGCCUUUGUCCGGAAAGACCAAAGCCUGCUGCAGAACAGAAGAAGGAAAUUACAAAAACCUUAAUAAUCAGUAUUAUAAAAGAUGAAAAAAAAAAUGAAAAAAAAAAAUGAAAAAAAGAUUUGUGAUGUCACAGUUAUGUGAGUCUUGCCUUACUUCAUUACCAUGCUAGCUAACUGUGCAGAUGUGAAUGAAAACAUGUACAAAUAUAUAUAUAAAGUAAUAAUGUUGUAAAAAAUUAAAAAAAAAACCAAUUCAACAGGUGUUUACAUUCAUGUGGUAAUAUGGGAGAGAACUGUGAUGAAGCAUAACUUGCAAAGUAACGAUUUCCUAAAAACACGAAAUCAACUAAAUGAAGAAAAAAAAAGAUCCCUCUGGUUUGCUUUCUUUGAUGUGUGUACAGUGUUUUAUUAUUAUUAUUAUUAUUUUUAUUUGUUUUGAGCAGUACUUAAAUUAUGUCGUGAGACACUAAAAUCAAAAAGGAAUCACUUAAAAUAUAAAUUUCUAUCUGUGUCUGCUGGCAUUCAAACAUCUGUUUCCUAAACAUUGCCGUGUACGCUUUCCAUUUCACGUUCAACGCUUUUGUAACCGCUUUUUUUUUUUUUUUUACAGUGCUUUUACCUUUUUGAUGUACAGUAUGUCACUGGUCACGCUUAUAAAUGAAGAUAAUUUAUUGCGUCUCUGGGUUCCCAUCUUCGUGUUACAUGACGUGAGGUGUCCGCGCCAGAAUAAAUUUGUUUACUGUA